AUGAAGGGCCAUGUCAACAAUGUUACUUAUGUUCGGUAUGCCGAAACUGCUCGAGUGAAUUGGACACGCAACAUUGGCACCCACAUCGACCCUGCAAACAAGAAAGAAUGGCACAGUAUGGUUGGCUCCACUGGAAUUGGGCUCAUCCUGAAAAGCAUCAAAGUUGACUACAAAUUUCCCAUGACAUCCCCAGACAAGAUCACCGUCUACCAGAAAUUGAUCCCAGAUCCAUCGGGGCAUCUCUCAUCCCAAUCUGCAUUCCGUCUUGAGGUGAUGAUUCUAUCUGAAGCGCGUCAACGCCCUUCUGCUCGCUGCUUCGAGGAUAUCGUGCUUUAUGAUUACAAGAAAAAUCGCAAGACUGUCGAUGUGCCGCCAUUUGUCAUGAAUCAGUUCAAGGUAAUGUGGGAGCAGCAGGAAAAGGAGGCGGAACGGUGGCAGCAAACGAUCACCGAUAUCGAGAACAGAGUUCGGACUCUCGAGCUCGAAAGCUGGGAUCGGACUGAUGCCGUGGAAGAUAAUGGUUCUGCAUAG